CUAAGCUCUUCUUGCUCACCCAGCAUCUCCUUCUUGUCUUUGAAAAAUAGCAUUGUCUUUUAUAUUCCUUAGCGUUGCCAAUAGAGAAAAAUGGCUUACUCAAAGACUUUCCUUCUUCUUGGCCUUGCCUUUGCUGUUGUUCUUCUCAUCUCUUCUCAGGUCUCAGCUCGUGAGCUUGCUGAGACAGUUCAAGCCCAGGAAAAUGCAGAAGUUGAAGGUUAUGGACACGGUCAUGGGCACGGCCACGGACAUGGGCACGGUGGAUAUGGACACGGACAUGGCGGAUAUGGGAAAGGACAUGGUCAUGGAGGACGCCAUGGAAAGCCAGGACACGGUGGUCACCCAGAAACUGAAGUUGAAAAUUAAAUGAAAAAAAUAUACCCUUUCUUUUUAAGAAAGGGUACUUGUUAACUUGCAUGUAUUGCUUACAUAAGAGUAAUGCAUGUAGAUCUUGCUCUAUUUGAGUUUGUAUCUUGUCAAUAAUCGAGUCUAAAAAAAAUGUGCCUUCUUCUUCGUCUUUCAGUCACAGAAGUUGGCUUUUGUCUUUGUAUUUUCCAUACCUUGCAAUUUGUAACGCACUUUAAAAGUAAUAUCAUGAAAUGCAGAAGUACUCAUAGCUCCUUUCUUAUGCUA